AUGAGGCCGCUAUCAUCGUCUUUGAAUCCAUAUGCAGCCUCGUAUGUUCCUCUCUCUAAAAGGGGGGCAGAUGGUAGAACAACUUUGACAGAAAAAGAUUCCAAGAAUUAUGAUGGGAAUGUUUGGUUUCAGACUCGUCAGGAUGCCACAAAUGAUCAUCAACUUAUCAAUUCUAGCUCAGAAAGGCUCUUUAAACCUGAAUCUUUUCCAACAAAAAGCCAGCCCGCUUCAAGUUCUUAUACUUCAUCAUCUCAGAGUGUGGCAGAGGUGACAGAAAGUCAACUGCUAGCUGAAGAACUGGAUAUGGAUUUGGAAUAUCUUAGGAUUACAUAUCCUGGCAUAUCUUAUCAGUCCCUUGUAGAUGUCUAUAAUGUAAACAAUGGAGACUUGGAUGCUGCUAUUGACAUGCUCAGUCAACUUGAGUUAGAGGGUGAUGAAUCUUCUGGAACUCUUCCAGAGACACUUGAUAUUGGUGAUGUUUCAGAAUCUGGCUUGCCAGCUGAUUCUACUUCCUUAAAACAGAAGAAUGUAGCAGAGGAAACCAGCACUUCAUCUACUCAAAUGGCAUCAGGCGAUGUCUUAUGA